AAUUGUCCAUAGCACCAAAUGAAAAAGAAAGAAUUUGACUGUAUAGCCGAAGAAAAUCGACCACCAGAAAUAAACUAUAGAGAUGUUUGUAUUCUGUGAUUGAUGUCUACAACUCUCUCUAUAUCUAUGGCUUUUCAUGACAAACAGGAUUUUAUUUUAAUAGGGUUAGGUAAGGAAUAUGACUACAGCAGCCAGACCAACAUUUGAACCCGCUAGAGGCGGCACAGGUAGAAAUGAAAAAGACUUAAGUGCUAUUUCACGUCAAUAUUCUAGUCGCGAUUUACCAAGUCAUACGAAAUUGAAAUACAGAGAACCAUUUCAAGGAACACAAGAGGAAAAUCGGUCUCGAGAUUUCCGUAAAGAAUUAGAUGAAAGAGAAAGGGAAAAGAGACCUGCUACCAGAUCAAAUGAACAUAGCAAAAGAGUUAAAUUAGAUCAAGUACCUGCAGCAAGUUUAGAUGCUGAUGAUCCAUUAGAUCAUGAUGAUGAUUCUGAUACAAGUGAAGAUGAAGAUGACACGGAAGCAUUGUUAGCAGAGUUAAACAAAAUCAAAAAAGAAAGAGCUUUGGAACAAACCAAAAAAGAGAUAGAAAGACGUCAGGAAGAAGAACGAAUUCGAAUGGAAAAUAUUUUGAGUGGAAAUCCUUUGCUGACCCAUUAUUCUUCAGGUGGAACAAAGACUGAUCAUAAAGUCAGAAGAAGAUGGGAUGAUGAUGUUGUCUUUAAGAAUUGUGCAAAGUCAGAGCCAGAAAAAAAGACAAAUGUUUUUAUAAAUGAUUCCCUUCGAUCAGAAUUUCAUAAAAAGUUUAUGGAAAAGUAUGUUAAAUAAUUUUUUGAAAUAUUUUAAAUUUGGAAUUAAUUAUAAUAUCUAUUAUAUUA